CGAAACUAAUCAAGAUAAAAUAACCCACUUAACAAAUUUAGCAGAGAAGGUUGUUACUCCUUCGGCAUUCUAAACCCAGAGAGCCGGAUCCCUCUACUCCGAUCGUCGUUUUUCCACUUCCGUGGAAAAAUUCCUGACACUGUCACUCCCUCGCCAGAGAUUUGCGCAACUUCAAUCAUUUAUCUCGAUUCCUGCUUUGCAUUACUGACAAUCCUGCAGCUCCUGUCAAAAUUAGCAAAGCUGGAACGUGGUAGGAGUUACGAGAGAGCGAGAGAGCAUGCAAGCAAGCAAGGUUGGAAGAAGGAAUCCAUCCAGGGUUAUCGAGAAUCGAAGGCGCAGCGACGUGAAGGAGGACAAUCGGAGAUCACCCUGGUCGCAGAUGAUGAUGCAAGGGCUGCCUGAAGGGGAGCACUGGAUUGAAGCAGGAAAUUACAAUAAAAGUUUCGGUCAUAAGUCGGUGUAGGGGAUUUUGUGCCCACAGGCGCCAGUUGGGUAGAUGCACACUUUCGACAUCGUCGGCAAAUUAAGUGCAUUGACGAACGUGGAGGGUGACAGAGAGCCUCUUUUUCUGGUAGGAGUCUUUUAAUGUGUGUCCGCUACGAAUAGCAACCUCCUUCGCAUUUCGCUUAUCUGAAUGGACUGGAAAGUUCUCGCAGUCGCUUUUAAUGGUGUUUGCAUUCAUGGUAGUUGACCAAAUGAGAGUUUUUUGUUUCUUCGCCCAUCAAUGCGUGUCUUCGACAUGUUAAAAGGCGAUUGAGGAUGAUGAGGAUUUAUAUAUUUUGGGGUGGUUUUUUUUUUUUUCAGUUUCAUAAAGUGGGCAUUAAUUCAACACGGUUGGUCUGGGAAGGUCGUUUCUUUCCCAGACAUUCUUUAGUACAAAGUGCUCUCACAGUGUUCAAUCAGAAUGCAAACUGAAGAAGAGGUUUGUUGAACAAAGAGUUUAUUCCCGGGCUCGGGAGACACAGAUUCUCCUAGAAAGCUUUGCAAUCUGAAAGGUAACAUGGUGCCUUUACUAGAACUAGUAAUUGUCGAUAAUCAAAGAUUCCGCGAGAUUGAAGAUCCUGGAUGAGAGAAAGUUUUUCGCUGCAUCAGCAUCUGAUGCUCUCGCAGAUCCGGUGGAUAAUCAAAGCAAUUCCUAAUAUGGCUCCGAAGAAGUAAUGUGAGCGCGGGCUGAAACAAGCCAAGCAUAGAAUCCCUCACUCUGCGAUCUUCAAUACUAGUCCGCUGUUCACGACGGUACCCGGACUAAACGGUUAACAGCGUCGAUCGGGGACGGAUAAGCCCCCGUUCCCACCGAGAAUACAUGCUGGGAUCAUUUCGCUGGGAAUUCUCUUGCAGUUGAUCAUCACUCACAAACUUCUUGGCCUGUUCUGGGGGACCUCGGAAAUUGUGGACCAUUGUCAGAUGCGGAGGAUGUGUGGCAUGGAAUAGCAAGCUGUUGUUUCCUGAGGCAGCUUAGUUGGAGAUGCUUGGCAAUAGUCAUGUGGUGUGUUCGAGAGCUAUAAGCCGGGGGGUUAGGAAAUGAGCUCUGGACGUAGAGCAAUGGGAAGCUGGUGAUGACUGGUGUUUUAAGAGAACGUCGAGUUCGUGGAGGAUUUGCUGCGAAGUUGUGAAGGGUAACUGUGUAUUUGGAAACGUGGAGUUCUUGAGACCACGUCCUAGGUUUGAAAGUUCGAAGAUCGCAUGAGCGGAAUUGUGUCCAUUGAUCGCCUCCUUCGCUAGUUCGACUGCAUCCUGCAAGUUGCUAACAGUGGGCAACGAGGGGAAUACCAUGGCUGUGAAGAGCAUAAGUGAAAGUGGUAGAAGGCCCGUAUCCACAAAGAUCAGCUUCCUGAAGUUGGAACUACACCGAAAAAAUACUCUAAAUGUCGGCAUUAGGGUGUAGUUGGUAAUGGAGAAGGAAUAGCAGGGCUCAAUCCGCAUCAAUUGGUAUUAAUCAGUUCUUCGUCGCAGCGGCAAAUCUUAGCUUAUAGAUGCACCUCCUCAUUUUUCAUGUCGUAGAGUUGUGGCUGGAUCAAAUCUAAGAAAUAAUCAUGGAAGUUCCGUGCGGUCUGUUCUCGAGUAACUACAACAUGAAAAAAUUAUAUUACUUUGAGCUAGAAAUUGUGUACUUAGUAAUAGGUAGUGCAUUGGGAUAUGGUUUCGCUCAAUGGCGAGAUUCACUAACACCGAAAUGUGGAAGACAACUCAGGGAAGUUGAGAAAGCAGCGCCCAUGACAAGAAGUGAAGAGGGGGCAAAUAGCGCUCCUUGGAUCAAGAUGAUGCAGUUGACGCUCAAUCGUCGCCAGCAGGUGCCUGACAAGAAAAUCAGCUCGGUGAAUGAGACUCUCAACGAUGGACUGGUUACCUUUGCGAUGGAAAGGCAAGAUUCCGAUGAUCACAAAUCGCAGCAGAUUCUGAAGCCCCUACCGCGAAGAAGCUACAAGUUUCAGCCAGAACCAGACAGUUUAUCCUCUCCAAGAAGGUUGGAUGAGGCUAUUCGACGUGCAGAAUUUGAGCAGACCUUCAAAGAGGCGGCAAAUUGCGAGGACGAAACUUCGAAUAAAUCCAUGGGUAGUAACAGGAGACAUCAUCGUCGUGCAGCUUCCCUGGAUACGAGGCAGCGAGAUACCAUUGUUCUGGGACCGAUACUGACGACGUCGUUAUCCUUGAAGGAAAACCGAAAAGAUCCAAUCCCUGAAAAACUCACUGCCGAUGACUCCACUGGAAAAUUUGCAUACAUUUCCUUGGAUGGACGCCUUAUCAACGCAGAGCUGGCCACCAGUGUCACGAGCAUUGGCGGCAAGCUGGGAGACAAGGAGGCGCAAGCUUGGGAAGACUUUGCUCCAAUGCAGCGCGUUUUGAUUGUUGCAGUAUCUGCUGCUGCCGCUGCCGCGGCGAAACAAAGAAACAGGAAAGAAAUUGACACACUUCUCAGGACCGUCGAGAAUCGGGAGAAGGAGCUUGUCUUACUCAGGCAAGAAUUGAGCGAGCUUUGCAAACAGAGCAACACUCAUGUCAAUCAUCCCGAAACACUCCAACUACUCGAAAAUCUGGUUGGCCGGAGCAUCAGCCCUAAGACACCCGGUCAAGGUGGAUUUGCAGCCAUGCGGCGCAGCUUCGAGGGGGACAACAUUAAAGCGAAACUUGAUAUGAAUGAAGCUUGGAGCUGCACGAGGCCAGCGAUAAGUUGUCGCGUUGAUUCAGAACUUAGAGGUGACGAUAAUGGUUAUGAGCGCCGGCUGUCUCGAGAUAGUCCUGUAAAUAAGGACGUGGUUUUCGUGGAGAGAUCCCCUUGUAAGUCUGUAAGCGCUUUAAGCAGUUGUCCUGCUAGUGAUGAAGUGUGGACGAAGGAGGCCAAAUGGUAUGUAAACCCCAUGGUAGAAACCUCACAGGACUUCUACGACAUUUCCACUCCUGAACGUUCCAAUGCUAUGUACUCUAUCUGCAAUCCAGCAGUAGAAGGGACCUUCGAGUGGAGGGUUUUGACCUCAUCUUUCGCAAACAACCUUUCUUCUGAACGUCCAUCGGGCGUGGAAUCCCCUCUGCUUACUCCCCCACAGGCGACAAUUAGCAACAAUUCAGGUGUAUAUCGAUCGAGGUCGGACGUGAUGGGCAACGGGGCCACUCACAAGGAAGAUAAAGCGAUGCGAGCAUUGUGUGCAGCAGUGGUGCUUGAUCUUAGGAAACAAAUGCUGACAGUCCUAGACAAGGAGGCUUCAAAAGUAAUGGCUGCAUUGGAUACAAGUGUGGAGGAUGCGAAAACCCAAGUUGCCUCGAUGCAUUUAGCAGUUGCUAGUUGCUGGAAUGCUUCGGUCCCCAAAGCACUAGCAGCGCUCAGCCUCUCUCCUUCGGAAUUUGACAGUUAUCUUCUCAAUGAAGUGCAGGGAUCUACUACCUGGACUGACAUAUCAAAAAUCGAAGAAAGUAUACUUGCUUGGAGGCAAUACCUGGGAACAAAUUAUGGUGCAGGAAAGCCUUUAGGAGGUGGAGAAGAGAAGUGUUCGAAGUACCCGAACUGGAGUGAAAGAACCAAGUCUCUGUAUGGAGCUGAUGAAAGUUUAGCCCCUGUAAGGUAUCCACGUUACACUGGGCAGAGCGAAGACAGGAAUUUUGGACUUCGAAGCGGAGGUAUUGCGUGCCCAAGGAAUUCCACCGAGGACUUGGCAGAGCAGUUGUUAGGAGAGUUGGACAAGGCGGCAGCUAAAGUCACAGCUAUGGAAAACCAAAUGAAAAAGUUGGAACAAGACGCUGCUGGAUGUGAUGGCGCACAAAGCGGCAGGCUUUCAAAAUAUAUCGAGCGGGAUUUGGACAAUAAGGUCAAAGGUCUUGAGGACUUUGCCGAGUUGGUAAGGCAGAUCCAGUACAAAGAGAUGGAAGUCGCGGAUUUGAAGAAGAGUCAGCAGGCUCUGGUCGAGGCUAAAAACAAAGAAAUGGAGGAGAUGAAAGAGGAUUUCAAAAGGCGUGACGCUGAACUUAAUAAACUUCUCGCUGAAACCGAAACGACCAAAGCCGCCAGUGAACAUAGGUUAGCUACGCUAGAAGAGCUUUGCAGAGAAAAGGAUUCCACGUUAGCUUACCUAAAGCAGGACAUCCAAGCUCUGGAAUCGAAGGUUCAAAAGUCUAAGGUAUACCAGUAUCCAGGUGUGCCUCGAAGUCGACGGAAUUCUACAUCUUCUGCUCCUUCCACAAGUAGUGGUAAUGGGACCUCACAGAGACAAAGGUUCUCUCACAAGCACGCUCCUUAUCCUUCUGGACAUGACCCUAUCCAAGAACACAUAGGACGCUUCAGGAGGGAGGCCUCAAGCAACACAGGUCGCUUUAGAAACUUACACAUAAACGUACAAAGACACUAUGAUUUCACAGACGAUGGAAGGUCAGAGCACGGAUAUGAUCAAGAGACCUCUCUGGAUUACUCAUCUCCACCCGGAUCAACAAUCGGCGAUGACUGCUCAGUUAACUCACUCGCAUUUUCUGAGACUGAGGUCGAAAGCCGCUUAGGAAGUGAAUAUUGUAGUUCGGGUGACGAUUCAAGGUGCCGUAGUACUAAGGAUCGCCUUUCCGGAACGAAAGGCCCCUCUUACAACCGCACGCUCCAGAAACAGAAGUGGGUGUCAUCAGAUUUACGUAGAGCAGUGGCAUCUACCGCGAGUAGUGCCCGUGGCCUCGCUCGAUCAGAGAGCAAUAGGAUUUACACAUCUGCAACAUCAGGAUCGAGGACGGCUUCUGGAGAGAAACACCCGAGUAAACCUCUGAACAGAACCCCUUCUGCCGAGAUCAAAAAGACGAUCAGUUCACAGAUGCGCAGUCCAACAGUCCCUAACAGUCCUCGGAACAGCAGUCCAACAGUCCCCAACAGCCCUCGGACCAGGUUGGGAGUCGUGAGUGCAAGUCAUCGCAGAGCAUCUUCGUUAGACAUGAACUACAAAUCCAAUUUCUCUGCUAUUCUCGAAACGUCUGGUGGUUCAUCGGACAACAGGCCACUAGUUAGCCCAGAAGGGUCCUCAAUUAAGCGGAAGCGAUGGGUGUGAACAUGUGCGGCAUCGACCAUCACGAACCGGUAAUCUCGGAAGCGGAAAUGUGCGUUUGGACGUUUAUCUUCGCGAUCUCGUUUAAUUUAAAUGAGUUAACAUGACUGACAAGAAGUGUACAUAUUUCAGGCAGCUGCAAACAGGGUGCUGCAACUGCUCCUUGCUGUUAUUUGUUGCUCGGUACUUUUGCUGUGAGGCGAGUGUUGGUUCGAAAGUGUCAGAACAGCAUUGUAGAAACCAUUCUUUUAGAAAAGUGUUCUUUAAAGAAAGAAGAUUUUUAAAAGCCUUAUCCACUUUAGAUAAUGUGUACGCGUAUGUGUGCAAAUUCGCACUGAAUUUGCACUUACGGUUGUUGUAGCAAAAAGAGGUACAUGGAACAGAACUCAUCGUUUUUGUGCUUGGCUAUUUCAUUGUAAAAGCAGUAGUUGCAUUUCACUUCCCAAUAGUUUGUUGCACCAGUGUUAUAACAUGAGUAUUACAGCAGAACUGUAACGCAAUAAAGUCAUAUACUACCGAACAGGUUUUCCUCGGUAGCUAUUUUUCA